AUGGGCGGUGAGUUAACCAAGCGCGAUAUUUGCGGCGGCGACACCUCCCCCGUCUGCUGCCAACUCGAUGUCGAGGGCGUCGCGGACUUGAACUGCCAGAGCCCCGGCGACGUCUCCACUGUUGCGGAGUUUGAGGACGCUUGCGCUGCGAAGGGCCUCUCGGCUGAGUGCUGCACUCUUGUUGCUGUAAGUAGCUUUCUUGGGUGUUUGUUUUCGGGGUGGGAUCAGAGAGCUGAUGAGAGAGUAGGGCACGGAUGGUCUUGUUUGCUCUGCUGCUUAGGCGGGGUGUGA